AGGUUCUCCGCUCCCGGCGCCGGGGGUCCCGGCGGCCGCAUGAGCCGCGCGCGUGGGGCGCUGUGCCGGGCCUGCCUCGCGCUGGCCGCGGCCCUGGCCGCGCUGCUGUUACUGCCGCUGCCGCUGCCCCGCGCGCCCGCCCCGGCCCGGACCCCCGCCCCGGCUCCGCGCGCGCCCCCGUCCCGGCCCGCCGCCCCCAGCCUGCGGCCCGACGACGUCUUCAUCGCCGUCAAGACCACCCGGAAGAACCACGGGCCGCGCCUGCGGCUGUUGCUGCGCACCUGGAUCUCCCGAGCCCGCCGGCAGACGUUUAUCUUCACCGACGGGGACGACCCUGAGCUCGAGCUCCAGGGCGGCGGCCGUGUCAUCAACACCAACUGCUCGGCCGUGCGCACCCGUCAGGCCCUCUGCUGCAAGAUGUCCGUGGAGUACGACAAGUUCAUUGAGUCCGGUCGCAAGUGGUUCUGCCACGUGGAUGAUGACAAUUAUGUGAACCCCAGGAGCCUCCUGCACCUGCUCUCCAGCUUCUCACCCAGCCAGGACGUCUACCUGGGGCGGCCCAGCCUGGACCACCCCAUCGAGGCCACCGAGAGGGUCCAGGGUGGCAGAACUGUGACCACGGUCAAGUUCUGGUUUGCUACUGGUGGGGCCGGGUUCUGUCUCAGCAGAGGCCUUGCCCUCAAGAUGAGCCCAUGGGCCAGCCUGGGCAGCUUCAUGAGCACGGCUGAGCAGGUGCGGCUGCCGGAUGACUGCACAGUGGGCUACAUCGUGGAGGGGCUCCUGGGCGCCCGCCUGCUGCACAGCCCCCUCUUCCACUCUCACCUGGAGAACCUGCAGAGGCUGCCGCCGGACACCCUGCUCCAGCAGGUUACCUUGAGCUAUGGGGGUCCUGAGAACCCACAUAACGUGGUGAAUGUGGCUGGAGGCUUCAGCCUGCAUCAGGACCCCACACGGUUUAAGUCUAUCCACUGCCUUCUCUACCCAGACACGGACUGGUGUCCCAGGCAGAAGCAGGGCGCCCCGACCUCUCGGUGACACCAACCACCCCUGACCCAGGGCUGCCUGGCUCUGUCCCAGGUGCGGGGAGCCAGAGCCCCCUAUGGCCUCAGUGGGCUCCCUCAGGUGCCAUGGCCACACCAGUGAGAUGCAGGCACCUGGCAGACCCUCUAGCUAGCCUGCAGCCCUCCUCUCCCAGCCCCUGGUGGGCUGCGGUGAUGGGUGUUUUGGGAGAACAAAGACAGCCAGGCUGAUGGCCAAGGCCGCAGUGCCCCUCUCCCCGACCCAGCCACAGGGUUGAUCCCACGGGAACAGGCUUCCACCCCAGCACUUGAACACCUGGGAAGGAGCUGCCAUCCAGGCUCCAUUACCUAUUGCUGAAGGCGGGUGCUAGGCUGGCUAGGUGCCGAGGAGCAGGCUCCAGGCCAAGGUCCUGGCCCAGCCACGGCCGUUGCAAGGGCUUAGCCUGGCAGGCUUUGUGGGGGAUGCUGCCCUCUCUGCUGCAGGCUGGAUGCACGGCCGGGCACCACAGUAGGACUCAGGCCCGAGAAGGUCAUGCUCUCAGCCAGAGCUUUGCUCUCAGUUCAGGCACCUCAUUCGGAGGCCUCUUGACUGGGACCACAGAGAUGUUUUCUCCGCUCUGACUUGUGGCUCAGGGCUACUUUCUGGGUCGUGCUCCUGCCCCACUGUGCCUGGGCCCAUAAACAACAGGAGCCUUUUGUUCCACUGACCUGCCCAUCCCAGCAGACCCACCUCCCCGCCUGGUGCCUUCCAUGGAGGGAAAUGGGACAGGGGCUGUCAUCUCCCCUCUGCCUUCUGCUUUGCUGUUGCCGAGCACGAGUAAAGCCUCUAUUCUUACUUCA